AAAUGCUUGCACAUCACUAACAUACGUUUUUAAGGAUGGCAUGUGAAAGCGGAAAUUUAAGUUUUUGGAAUGAUUUUGAAUUAAAGAAGCCACCGCUGGUAAACAUACAGGUGACCGAUACGAAAUUUGCCAAGCACAUCUUUGUGGCCAUCAACAGGUACUUGCAACAGUUGACAGCGCCCGAUGCAACAGAGUUUGCUGAGACGGCUGCCAUGAUUGGCCGGCUUAUGGCGCGUCGAAAGAACUCGUUUCAUAAUAUGCCCGGAUUUCGGGAUCUAUGCAAACUGAAUGCUUCCUUGUGCCGUCUACUGCGUUUGGACUUGCCCCGUGAGUUGGAACAUUUUCGCAGUGCUCUACCUGACAUAUGUGAUGACGAAUUGGCAGGAGCUUUGCCCACACGCAGCAGUUUUGAGUAUAUUUUGGUACGGUUGUUAGCCUACUACCAUCUGCAGGAGCGCAUACGCGAAUGCUGUUUGGGGGCUGCCAAUUAUUUUGCUCAAAUGCUGCGAAACAAUUUUUUUAUGGAAUUUCUUACACUGCUCAUGGCAGCCGUGGCCAAGAUCAACAAACUGAGCUCACUUCAGAGUAAUAAAUGUGUGACCCUUUAUAACAAGUUGAGGCCACAAGUUUCGAACUUUCCCCUAGUGGAGAAUCACAAGUUUCUGCCUAAGAUGUAUGAACUUCCAGCGCAAUUAAGUGUGGUCAAGACAAAGCUGAAACAAGAUGACCCAGCUAGUGCUAUUCCUUCCUCGACUGUAUUACUCAAACCUCCACCGUUGAUCACGAAAGUGGAGAAGGCCAAGCAGGAAAUUAAAUCUGAUGUGGGCACUGUGAUUGAACGCAAGUCUGCGGUCCAGGCAAGAAAGCCCAUUAACCAGGUAGAAUUCGAUGUCGAUUCGUUAGUCACAAUAGAGGAUGUCAAGCAAUUUAUUGCUCGAGAAUCAAAAGCGCGUAACAAGAGCCCAGUACCUGCCAGUUGUGUGACCAAGACCAUACCCAAAAACGAAUGGUUGACGGCUCGAACGCUUUUUCAAAACAAACUCCAAGCCAAAGAAAACAAAAAGGCUUUAACCAUUUUUCGUAAGUUUAUUAGCAGCAAAAUAAAAAACAUAAAACAUUAAAGAAAAAUGAAA